AUGGAGCAGUCAAUCUCAGCCCGGAAAGCCAGUCCGAGGCGGAUCAACGCUGGUACCCACCGGCGAAGCACUAAUGCUUGCCGGUACUGUAAACGAAGGAAGAUAAAAUGCCAUUACAACAGCGAGAAUAGCCAGAGGAAAUGCGUUGCUUGUUCAAGAGCGUCAACUGAAUGCUUUUUUGAUGUCCCUCCAGAUGGUGUUCUGAGGAAUGAUGCAUACGUUGCAACCUUAGAAGCACGUAUCCAAUCGCUGGAAAGUCAACUCCGCGAAAGUAAAUUACAACAGCCAGAGGCAGGGCUUACUCCUGAGACGACUUGUUCUGAGCCCCAGGUUCCUGAACGAAAUGGGGAGACCGUCGAAAGAAUCACCCAAGCAACCCAGCUUUCUGGACAAGAGAGCUUUUUGCCAAACAACGUAUCGAGGCCCGAGAUUACGAUUAUGGAAAUGGUGUAUGGACGUGCUUUCGUUCCAGGGUUCGAAGAAGACGCGCUCCCUGCGCUUCCUUCUAGCAGCGGAGCGAGAAAACUGGUGGAUGCAGCUUAUUUCUAUACACAAGCAAGGUAUUAUCGCCUACAUUUCUACCCAAGCCCCAGUCAAAUCCCAGACCGGCAAGUUACAAACCCGAAGCUGGAGUUGCUCAAGUUGACUCUGAAUCUGAUAGGGGCAUUUUUCAUUUGGAUAAUUUACGCUAUUGGAGCUCGCUUGAUUCCAGACCCAGAGAAUGCAACGGAUGCAUAUUUUGCUCGCGCUCGAAUUUACCUCCCCGCUGUCAUGGCUCUACAGGACUUAUCAACUGUGCAGGCUCUGCUUUGUCUAGUGCAGUACUAUUUUCGAGCCCCAACAGAGUCUCCUAUCUGGCACAUUGUCGGGCUUUCUUUGCGUUUGUGUGUCAAACUCAGAUAUCAUAGGAAAAUUGCGAGUUCCCCAGAGGCACAAAAGUUGGAUCCAUACAAAAUCGAACUUCGAAAACGAUUCUUUUGGUGUGCAUAUUGCUUUGACCGAUCGCUCUCUAUUUUAACCAAACUACCAUUUGGAAUCAGUGACUCAGAUAUUGAUGCCGAGACACCUGUUGACAUCGACGACACUUGCAUCGAUCAACAAAGGAUUCGAGAGCUUCAGAUGAGACAAGCUGCUGGAGACUCCCGUUAUGAAGAAGGGACAAUCACGACGAUGACUGCGGCUCUACACCAUCUACAUGUCUACCGUAUAAGGUCUAAAAUACUAACACGAUUUACGGGACCCCACGCUCAAGUUCCUUCGUUAGUCGAAGUCCAAGCUCUGCUUUGCGAAUUAGAUCACUGGAAACAGCAAGCACCCCCAAAGCAAGAUUCAAGGCCAUUUCCUCAACAAACCCCUGAUCGGGUGCAAGCGACAUAUACACAGGCGGUUCUCCUCUUGAUACGUCCUAUUCUAAUGGCGAAUGUCAUUGACCCGGAUCUAAUAGGCUUGUGUGUAGAAUUUGCUGUUGAUGCGUGCCAAGAUGCAAAAAUACUAAGCCUGAAUCCUCACACACCUCCCGACCGUGUCACUGUUUAUCAUUGCUUUUAUUGUGGCGUUACCUUGCUGCAAUGCUUGGCGAUAAAACCGACAGCUUUGACACCAAGGCGCGCUCACCAGGCAAUUAGUGCUUGUUUAAGUGCAUUGGCUGUUUACACGAGAGUGCUACCCGCAGUUGCACCAUUUCUGCGACUAUUCGAGGAUCUUUCCAAUCUCUUGGUCUGCGACGACCAUGAGUUUGAAACUCAUCCCAGCCACAAACUGCGAACUAUUCUAAACAGAAUCGUUUCAAGCGAUCCUUCAGAAGCGCCUGGGAUUCUACAUUCGUUGUCCAAUCAGGAGACCCAACAAGCUACAUUUGGAACAAGUUCGGAGACACUGGAAAUGGAACAAAUGGCAAUUCAAUACAACUCUAUUUUGGGUGGGCAAUCGUCUGUGGUACUCGGAACCAACUUUCCACUAGAUAUGCCUCUGGACUUCUCUCCGCUUUACGCGCCAGAUGCUGAAACAGCAGACUUGUGGAUUGAGCCAUGGUUACAUCUCUCAUCUGCCAAUUUCUCAUAA